AUGGAUACGUCUGAAGGAAGUUCUUCUUGUGCACAACAACUAGAGAAGAUUGAGAUUCAGAACAGCCACAACGAGAAGCUCGUUGGUCUGCUUCACGAAACUGGUUCAAGAGAAGUCGUUGUCUUGUGCCACGGAUUCAAAUCUGACAAGGACAACACAAUCCUAAAGAAUGUGGCUGAUGCUCUAGAGAAAGAAGGGAUCACCGCUUUUCGUUUUGAUUUCUCUGGUAACGCAGAGAGUGAAGGCGGUUUCAAUUACGGUAACUACAAUUACGAAGCUGAUGAUCUACACUCUGUCAUCCAACACUUCUCUACCACGGAGCGUAUCGUUACUACCAUUAUUGGACACAGUAGAGGAGGUAACGUGGUGCUCCUCUACGCCUCCAAUUAUGGUAAUAUCCGCAAUGUGAUCAAUAUAUCUGGACGUUAUGAUCUGAGAAAGGGCAUACGUCUUGGAGAUGGCUAUCUGGAAAGAAUCAAGGAACAAGGAUUCAUCGAUGCUAAAGAGGGCAAAUCAGAGUUCCGUGUCACCCAAGAGAGCUUAAUGGAGAGGUUAAACACGGAUAUGCAUGAAGCUUGCCUCAAGAUUGAGAAAGAAGUCAGAGUCUUGACUGUUCAUGGAUCAGGUGAUAAGGUAGUACCAGUGGGAGAUGCCGAGGAGUUUGGAAAGAUCAUACCCAACCACAAGCUCGAGAUUUUGAAAAAAGCUGACCAUGGUUAUACCAAGCACCAAAACCUACUGGUUUCAACUGUUAUGGAGUUCAUAAAGUGA